GUCAAAACGAAUUUAUCAUGCUACGGAUUGGUUUUGUAGUUUUACUAAUGUGCUACAACUGCGCUAAUGCGAAAACACGUACAGAAGAUGGGAAUGCCGAAAUUGUUCAACUGUGUCUUCCAAAUGCAGUUUGUAGCUUGCUCAAUUGCUCCAACUCAAGCCUUGCCCAAAACGCGUCUUCUAAUCAGCCUUGCAUAGUGAUAUUACAACCUGGAUGGAAAUGGAAAUGUGUAUACCCUUCUGCAUUGAAUAUAAAUUCCGAAUGCAUCUAUGCAACGUUAUGCGCGGACGCGGGGAAGAAAACCCAUCCAUUAAUUAUAAAAGAUGAUGAAUCGGAUGGGUACAGUUCGAAGAAUAUACAAGCUCCAUCAAGUGAAGAGGUCGAUAUGGACCAAUUUGAUGAUCUCGAUCAAGUUGAUGAAUAUGACUGGGAAAAUGAGAGUUCAGCCGAGUCUUCAAAUCAAUCUUUCCCCACCCGUGGUGAUAUCUUGCCUCCAAUAUUGGGCGACGGCGAUCCUGGAGUCACUGGUGGAAAUUAUGAGCCAGGUUCAGAAAAUAAUCCAACCACUCCGCGCUUUGAUCAAUCAAGCAAUCCUAAAAACGACGUAAGUUCGACUGUUGAGGAUGAUGAUUCCAACCAAAAACAAUCCAAUAAUCAAAGUAAGAUGGGCGUUUCAAAAGCAUAUAGAAGAAGGGGCGCCACGCUGCCCACACCGGCCUAUGAUAUUUCUGUCAUACUCCAGCAGGUGACAGUUCCACCCGCCCAAUACGGUAUACAAGAGUCUGAUUCUGAUUUCGCUUUAGAUCAGUAUGGAAUCGGUGGCGAUGAGAUAGAUGAUGACAAACAGUGCAAUAAAAUUUUGCUAGACCUUGUGAAUCGCGGGGUAUUGCAAUUGAAUUUGCUAGAAUUGCUUUUGAAGGAAGCAAAAAAUAGCGGUUUCUCAGCAUGGUCUCGGCUUGACACAGAAGAUCGGAUAAAAUUAAUAAAUCAAUGUCCAAGAGUGGAAGAAAUGUUAUCACAUGAAACUCGCCAAAGGCGAUGUGCACAAAGGAGUAAAGUAUUGUAUUACAAAAAUGCAAAAUCAAGAGAAAAACGUUCGAAAAAUGAACAUAACAAUGAUAAAAAUCCGGAGUAAAAAUCAAAUUCACGGAAAUUGAGAAUUUUGCAGAAAUAAUAAAAAUCAAUACACUGAGAGAAAUAUUCAAUAAAAAUUACGUGUAUUUUCCGUAAUUCUGGAGCGAAAUGUGGUUGUCGGAAAUUUUACGGAACUGUCACGUAAUUUUAAUCUAAAGUCACAGAAUUUUUCCGCGGUGUUCCGUAAUUUUUAUCGGAAUCGUCAGUGAAAAAUAACAAUACUGUCACUUAAAUUUGUCGAAUCAAGUCCGUAAUCGGUAAGUGAACUGAAAGUUCCGUAAUUUUUA